CCUCGCUAAUAAAUUGCCCAUUUCUCUCGUUGCAAAAACAUUUCAAACACUUCUGGCAGUUUCUUUAAUGUCUCCAACCACCCAAAAAAGAAAGAAAAAGAUCCCAAAAUGGUAGCUCAAAAGAGGGGUGACCUUCCUCCUGGUUUUAGGUUUCAUCCAACUGAUGAGGAACUAAUCAUCUAUUAUCUUCGAAACCAAUCAACUUCAAGGCCUUGCCCAGUCUCUAUUAUCCCAGAAGUUGAUGUUUAUAAGUUUGAUCCUUGGGAAUUACCCGAGCGGGCGGAUUUCGGAGAAAAUGAAUGGUACUUCUUCACCCCUCGGGACAGGAAGUACCCGAACGGUAUUCGACCUAAUAGGGCAGCGGUUUCGGGUUAUUGGAAAGCUACAGGCACGGAUAAGGCCAUCUAUAGUUGCUCUAAAUAUGUUGGUGUAAAGAAGGCUCUUGUGUUCUACAAAGGUAAGCCACCUAAGGGUAUAAAGACUGAUUGGAUCAUGCAUGAGUAUCGCCUUAAUGAAUCACCUUCACAACCGCCCAAGCAAAACAGAUCCAUGAGGCUGGAUGAUUGGGUGUUAUGUAGAAUUUACAAAAAGAUGAGUGUGGGAAAUAGAGCUAUUGAGAUGGCGAAAGGUGAAAUGGAUACCCAAAGCCAAAGCCAAACCCAAACCCAAACCCAAAUUGCACCCAAUUGUGAGGUUGUGAACAUUGCUAGGGGACCACAAGGUUUGAUAUUGCAAAGGCCAUGUUCCUUAACACACUUAUGGGAGCUAGAAUAUUAUUUUGGAUCAAUUUCCCAAAACGCAAAUUUUGAUGAUAAUAAUCAAAACCCAUGCAUGAGCGGUGGUGGAAAUGUCACUUUUGCCAUUGGUCAAACUCCGCAGCAAUAUAGCCAAGGUAGCAGCAUCUCCAACCAGCCAAUUUACGUGAACCAUGUUGCAUUCCAAUAUCAGUGACACCAAGGGUAUAGGUGUCAAUUGCCAUGUGGAAUAACUUUAACUUUUUGCAAGUGUUAAGCAUAUCUGUAUAUGUAAUAUGUGGUGUACGUGGGAUAUAUUAAUAUAUCCGUAGAAUGUUGUAUGUAGUGAUGAUCGAUCUCAUGGUCAAGAUCAAAGCGUACUUUAUCAUCAUAGUAUGCAAUUAGCUAGAUAAUGUCUAUAUGUAGAAAUUAUUAGUCUUAAUAGAGUAAAUAUUGAAGAGUCACCACUGUAGAUGUUCUUUCUCUACGUGCUUGCAUGCUUGGAAUUGAAGUUUAACCGGAGUAACAAU